CUUCAAAGCUCUUGGCGGCUGAUUCAAAAUUGGAGCUUAGAUUCCUCAAUCUCACUCCUCGUAAGUUACAAUCUCGAAAUUCAAAGCCUAAUUCGUCCUUCUUUCUUCUGAUUAUCUGUUCUUACUCACGACGCUGAAUAUUAACUCAAGAAUCGAAGUCUCUGAACAAUCGGAGUGUUCCGUAAUGAGUUUCUCGAUGAUGAGUUCUUCAGGAUGUGAAAUUUUGGUGCGAAAUUCUCACCAGAAGACUGUGAAGUGCCAAUUGUUCCAUGAAAGAGAGAAGAAGAUGGUGCUCAAAUUCUCCAAGUCUUGGAUUAACCCUACGAGAGCUCUGCUUAGCAGGCAUGAAGCAAUUGAGUUUGAAGAGAGGACAAGUCCCAUCGAGGUCAGAACAGAGUUAGCAAAAUGCUAUGAAUUGAUAAACAGACUAGGUAAAGGAGUUGUUUAUCUUGGAUCUUCAAGGAUGGGACCCGAUCAUGCUCAUUAUAAGCAAGCGUUCGAGUUGAGUAGAGAGAUUUCAGAACUAUUGGAUUGCACGACUUGGUCAGGUGUCGGUCCGGGUCUUAUGGACGCGGUUACGAAAGGUGCUAUGCAGGCAGGAAAUCCUGUAGGAGGAUUCAAAAUCGGUAGAGAAUCUGGUGAAUGGACAUCCUCAAAGUUUCAUCCAUACUUACCUACAGAGACUUAUUUUACUUGCAGGUUUUUCUCUGCAAGAAAACACGGUCUCGUCGACGCUGCAGUUAGAAGCUGUAGUUCUGAUCGGACUGCUUUCGUUACACUCCCCGGCGGCAUUGGUACUUUCGACGAGGUGUUUGAGAUUCUAGCUUUGAUUCAGCUCAGGAGAAUAGGGUCAGAACUUCCAGUUCCCUUCCUGUUGAUGAACUACGACUCUUUCUACUCGAAACUACUCGAGUUUUUCGAUGAUUGCGAAAACUGGGGUACCUUGGGGAAGGGCGAGGUCGACUCGCUUUGGAAGGUCUGUGACAAUAACGCCGAGGCCGUGGCGUACUUGACCAACUUUUACAAUGUGUCUUCAUGACAGAGUGAAGAAUGAAGCUCAAUUGGGAAGCACACAUUCUACUACAAACAGUAUGCCUCUCUUCUCCUUAACCCUUUUAUUCUUCCAAUGAACCAUUUCAAGUUAAGAGGGCUCAUAGGCAAUGGACAUUCCUUGUUUGUAUCGUUGUAAUAAAUCGAAACGAGCACGUAUACAUGUCUUAAC